AUCCAGACCUCUUGUCUCUUCAUCGUUCUCCCACCUGCACGACGCUGGGUUCUUUGGUCAGAAAUAAUUCUGCUAGAAAUGAGUCACGACCUUUAAAACAUCAUAGCUCAAGAUCUGGAGUCAGAACUGAGUGGGUGCCACGAGGCAUAGCUCUUCCGUGGAAAGAUAAGAAAUCUUGGCUGCUUUCCAGCACCCACGGAGUUGUCACGGAGCACGGCAGCAGGCACGGCCCGGCUUCUUCCAGGCUGACUCCUCCCCACCGGCCCGCGUCGGAGGCGGCGGGCGCGGGUCUCCCCUGCCCGCGGCCAGCUGGGGGUGAAGUCCCGAGCCGGGGCGGGGCGGGCCCAGGCCGCCCAGUUCCUGCUUCUAUAAGCCGUGCCUGGGGCCGGCGGCGCCGCCACAAACGCCGGCACGGCGGGCGGCGCAGGAUGGGCGCGCGCGGCGCCGCGAGCCCGCCGCGAGGCCCCGGGCCGCUCCUCCCCGCCAUCCUCCCGCUGGGGCUGCUGCUGCUGCCGCUGCCGCCCGCCUCGGGCGCCGGAGCCGGCCGGCCGCCCCACCUCGUCUUCGUGCUGGCGGACGACCUGGGCUGGAACGACGUGGGCUUCCACGGCUCGGCCAUCCGCACGCCGCGCCUGGACGCGCUGGCGGCUGGCGGGGUGCUGCUGGACAACUACUACACGCAGCCGCUGUGCACGCCCUCGCGGAGCCAGCUGCUCACCGGCCGCUAUCAGAUCCACACAGGUUUACAGCAUCAAAUAAUCUGGCCCUGUCAGCCCAGCUGCAUUCCUCUGGAUGAAAAACUCCUGCCCCAGCUUCUAAAAGAAGCAGGCUACGCUACCCACAUGGUUGGAAAGUGGCACCUGGGAAUGUACCGGAAAGAAUGUCUUCCAACACGCCGAGGAUUUGAUACCUACUUUGGAUAUCUUCUAGGCAGUGAAGAUUACUACUCCCAUGAGCGCUGCACCUUAAUUGAUGCUCUGAAUGUCACACGAUGUGCUCUUGAUUUCCGAGAUGGUGAAGAAGUUGCAACAGGAUAUAAAAAUAUGUAUUCAACAAACGUAUUUACUGAAAGGGCUACAACCCUCAUAACCAACCACCCACCAGAGAAGCCUCUGUUUCUCUACCUUGCUCUCCAGUCUGUCCACGAGCCCCUUCAGGUCCCCGAGGAAUACCUGAAGCCCUAUGACUUUAUCCAAGAUAGGAACAGGCACUACUAUGCCGGAAUGGCGUCCCUUAUGGAUGAAGCAGUGGGAAACGUCACCGCAGCCUUAGAAAGCCGAGGGCUCUGGAACAACACGGUGUUCAUCUUCUCCACAGAUAACGGCGGACAGACUUUGGCAGGGGGCAAUAACUGGCCCCUCCGAGGAAGAAAGUGGAGCCUGUGGGAGGGAGGCGUGCGAGGGGUGGGCUUUGUGGCCAGCCCCUUGCUGAAACGGAAGGGCGUGAAGACCCGGGAGCUCAUCCACAUUUCUGACUGGCUGCCCACCUUGGUGAAGCUGGCCGGGGGCAGCACAAAUGGCACCAAGCCUCUGGAUGGCUUCGAUGUGUGGAACACCAUCAGUGAAGGAAGCCCGUCCCCCAGAAUGGAGCUGCUGCACAAUAUCGACCCAAACUUCGUAGAUAUUGCACCAUGUCCUGGGAACAGCAUGGCUCUGGCCAAGGAUGAGUCUUCCCUUCUGGAAUAUUCAGCCUUCAACACAUCUAUCCAUGCUGCUAUUAGAUACCAGAACUGGAAACUGCUCACAGGCUACCCAGGCUGUGGUCACUGGUUUCCCCCACCAUCUCAGUAUAAUGUUUCUGUGAUACCCUCAUCGGACCCACCAGCCAAGACCCUCUGGCUCUUUGACAUUGACCAGGACCCCGAAGAAAGGCAUGACCUGUCAAGAGAAUAUCCCCACAUCGUCAAGAAGCUCCUUUCCCGUCUGCAGUUCUACCAGAAACACUCCGUGCCUGUGUACUUCCCGGCACAAGACCCCCGCUGUGAUCCCAAGGCCACUGGGGCCUGGGGCCCUUGGAUGUAGGAUUUCCGGCAGCCUGGAGGGCAGCCUGAAAGCCUCUCUGUUUGCAAGCUGGACUCCAGGCCUUCACUCGUGUGAUUCUUGUCUCGUCUGUUCUCCCAGCCUGGGUUCUCUGGGCCCUGCUCUUGCUCCUAAACCACCCUGAGUUGUCUAAUUUCAACCCUUAGUGCAAUUGAGGUGCUGAUAAAAUCUGAACACUGAUGCUGUUGGCUGGGGUAUGUGUCCAGAGGAGAGGGUGACUGGGUUCACCCUCCCUUGCCUGAUUAUCUGCGGGAUUGCUGGGAAUUUGACUUAAAAGAGGAAGUUACCGAGUCUUGGAGGCUGGAGCAGCUGGUUCUUUUUGCCUCACAAGUCAGAUGUUAGAUUUCCCUCUGCAAUAGCCGGGUUUUAUUGGAGUGAUUCACGUUUCUUGUAACAAAUGAAAGGGUUAGACAGUCGCUAAUGGUUCUGUUGGCCACGGGUUCUCCCUGCCUGAGAGAUCCUGUUCAGGCAUCCCCUGUGAAUAACCCGCCUUGGUUCCCCCCUUGCUCAUGCAUCUCAUCACUCACCUCAUCACUCAUCCUGUCAUGGAGCAUAAGGCUCGUUUCAUUAUUAACAUGAGUUUGGCAAUACGCCUAUUCCUUAGUUUGGGGCUUUACGAUUAAGAAAUGUGUUUUUAUCCCCCAGUUUUUCCCAACCGUUGCUCAUCUUGUGUGGACUGCCAGCUACCCCCACACCCUCUGUGGUACUUUUUCUGCGCUUUCUUCUGAUUCAGGCUUCCUGCGCCUGGGAAGGCCGCUUUGCUUCUGCACUCUGAGCACCACUGGUCUCUGAUACGCUGCUGAGGCCUGCCUCCCCUCUGCCCCGGCCCUGAAGCUGGAGCGCUACCCAGAGAGACGGCGAGUCUAGCUCUGUGGGCACGUUCAUGGCAGCACUCGGGUCUCUGUCAUCUGCUUGGAGAUGUUUUUUUCUAGUUGCAUGGAGUUUAUUCUCAUGAUUGUGGCUAAGUGUCAAAAUAUAUUUAGUUGCACUGCUCUUCCCUAGAAGUGAGGAGAAACCUUGGGAAAGGAUAAUACUGUCCUGAGGUGAUGCAAGUAGUAGGCAGUUUGAAAAAGGAACUGGCCAGCAUGUGGGAUACUGGACCUCGAUAACACAGAAGAAGGUGUAACCAUGGUUCUCUGUUUUCUCAGUUUUACUGCUUGUAUUGAGGUUGGGGGAAGAGGAUACACAGUUUGAUCUUCCAGCUCUUUCUCAGCCCCACCAAUGUCCUACUAACAUGAACCAGUCCAGAUGAGCUUCAAAGAGUGUCAAACUCAGGAAAAUGUGGCCAAAAUCUGCAUACCCUUUUUUUUGCAUUAACUCCACUGUUUCAUUCAAUGCUUAUCUCCAAUGCCUGGAUCAAUGCCUGCUGUGUGGAAUGCACUCAGUACACCUUUCUAAAAAAUAAGUGAGUGAAUGAACAAAUGAAUAAAUGAGAAAGUUUCACAUCAGGGAAGAUGCUAGUUUAAUGAGCUGAGUACUGGGCUGAAUAUAAGUAUUUUCCAACCGUCACUUUUCUGUUCUCAGGCUGCCCUCCUGGGGCAGGAGCACAGCGCACAUAUCUGGGCGGUCUAGGACACCAUAGCGAAGUUGUGAUGUCUUCCAGAGGGAGAAGGGCAAGAAAUAUGCCUGCUGCAGGGACUCUUCUGCCAAUAGUCCUUAGUUCUCGUCUGCAGAGGACACUGGAAGCUAAAACCACCAAAUAAUACAAUAUGGGUCAUGGCACAGCCGCCCUUCAGUUCAGCAGCAAUAUCCUCUGGUGACAACUGGUUUGUGUUAAAAUACGAUGAAUGGAAAGAAACAGUGCUAGAACUAAUGACCCCUGUUACCAGCCUGUACCCCACGCCUGGGCUGGCAGGCAGCUGGCCAAAAUGCUUCUCACUCACUCCCAAGCCUGUGGCAGAUGUUAUGAAUAACUGAGCCCAGUGUUCCUUCUGGACCCUUCUAACCCCGGGGUGGAGGCACUGUUGAUGCUCUGAGAUUGGAGGCCGUCACUACACAAUAGCUGUUCUCUCCCCCUGCCGUGCUCCCAACAGCUGCUCCCAAUCCUAGGUCCUUGAUUGCUGGGUACCGUGCGGAUGUUCUGCACACGAUGGACUCAAAAGGAAUCUUAAAGACCAAUUUUUUGGUAAAACUUUUACUUGAGAUCUUACGUUAUCCAUAAUCCAAUGUAAACGUCAUUGGGUUUUCUUAUUCUGUACAGGAAUGUAAACAGAUUCACAGGUUGUCACUUGAAGUAUUAACGGUGUUUCUUUCUGAUUUGGUUUACCUAUGGUUUUGUUUAUUUAAUUUCCUUUUUACUACCUGAUUACUCCAGAUGUAGGGGACAAAAAAUUAAAUUUAUCUUUGGAAACGUGUCAGCCAUGAGUAUGGUGUUUCCAUUUGGGAGAUGGAAGGUUCUGGAACAGAUAGUGGUGAUCGCUGUACAACGUCAUGACGCACUUAGUGCCUCUGAAUUGUACUUUAAACGGUUCAAAUGACAAAUUUUAAGUUGUAUAGUUUUUAACCACAAUUCCAAAACUGUGUUGGCCUGUUUUGUAUCCUGUGAAUUUUAACUGAAAAAAGCUGUUAAAUAAAUAUAACAAAAAAUA